AUGCUUCAAGAGGAAGGUAACGCGGUGCUCAGACCUUUCCCCCUUCUUGCACUCCACACCCUCAUAUAUUUAUCAACCUCGGGCAUCGCUCCGGUGAUACUAAAACUAUCCUGUGUUGAUGUUCCACAGAUUAAAUGUGAUGCAGAAUUUUCGCAAUGCAAUUGGUGCAAACAUCACGGUCUGGCCUGCACGUACAAUCGAAUAGCAGGACGUAUUAAAUCAAGGUACCGGACCCGCCUUCACACUUCUACAGAGCCCCACAGAACAAACGCCCUCUCUGCACUUUUAGUCUUGUCUGCCCAGACCCUCAUUGCUAUUUUUAAUGUACUGAUGAGCCCUAGAAACCAAAUCGACUUGUCUUCUGUUGGAAGGUCUAUUCAAUCAAACUCAACAGGCUCUUCUGUACCAGAUUUUGAUGCAUCCCUUGACUCAUCAUUUGGUCAAUCCCAUGGCACAGCUAGAUUUGCAAGCCAGUUCCGGAGCGUGACAGCCUUGAGCGGCAUUGAUCUACUCUCCACGGAAGGCUUUCGGUGGAUCGAAGCUCAGGUUGGAGAGAAGAUCGAAGAAGCGAAAUUAAAUACGUUUGACCUCCCAUGGACGUGUCCGCGCAGACUACAGGAGGACAAUGCCAUCACAACCGGAUCUGUCACUGAACUGCCCCGACGACAAGUGGUAGAACUAUACGUCAGGCGGUAUGUCUCGUCAUUCCAGACACUCGUUUUCCCUGUCAUCAGCAAGUCUCUCUUCGUCCAGACGUUAGAUUUGGCUUAUGGCCCCCCGGAAUUAUUUGGUUAUGCUAGUGCGAAGGCUUGUGUCUGGUCGUUUCUAUCACUGGUCACAUUGUUCGGACUCGACACCAAUGUCUCUGGGACCGUGGAUUGUGGGUUUUCCAUUCUCGAGGCUCAAAAGUUGCUUCCACGGCUGAUUCAAGAGAUGACUGUGGAUGGAAUUCAAUCACUUUUGAUGCUUCUUCAGCUCCAAUACUUUCUGGGUGACCUGCAAUCCGCCGCAGUGUCCAUAUCAAUUGCCACUCGCCUUCUAUAUAAGCUGGGGGCUCACAUGGCGCCGAAACACAUGGGUCUUUCUGACCACACUUUCCACUAUGACAAACGGAUGCUUGUAUUUCACCUCCGUGAUCUUUUCUGGCUCUGCUAUUCCUUUGACAAAGACAUCAGCCUUCGGACUGGCCAGCCUCCAUCGAUUAAUGACUCAGACUGCGACCUUUCACUGCCGCUGGAGUAUGCUAGGCUCCAAAACAUCAACAUAAAAAGACAUUAUCUGACACCUGAUGACCAUGUGAUUCCUCUCUUCCCUUGGGACCUUCGCCUAUCAAAAAUCAAAUCAGAGGCUUUCAGUGAUCUCUACUCAGCGAGGUCCUACACAAGGUCGAAUUCGGAGGUUCUCGGGAGCAUUCGGCAUCUUGACGAAGCCUUAGAGGAGUGGAGGCUCUCGCUUGACCCGGAUAUCCGUCCGAUGCUGUGGCACACCCCGGAAACAUCAAUUCGCACCAGUAUGAACACGCAAGAGGUCAUACUGCGAUUAGCAUAUUAUCAUUGUGUGUCAAUAAUACACCAGGCAAGCGACAGGCGCGAUAAUCCGGAUUUUAGAACAGGCAUUAAGUCUAGAUUCAUCCAUUCGAGUGAUGAAAUUUCAACGACUGCGAGUCGUUCAACCAUUGCACUUCUUGAUGCCACAUGGCCCUCAUUGAAGGGUGAAUGCUUUUGGGUUCUUCUCUUCUACAUUCUGACUGCAACCUUGACUCUUUUCUGUAAUAUUCUCAAAGAUCCUUCGAACCAAAAAAGCUCCGACGAUGUGAAUGUCUUAUAUGCUGUUCCCUCGCUACUGAACAACAUUCCCAUUCGAAAUCUCACGCCGGCCGAGAUCAUUCAUUUGAAGUUCCUUAAUGGCUUCACAGCAGAGCUUGCAAGACUUGGACAUUGCGCAAUAUCGAAAGCCCAGGGACAGCUUCGUGGCACUUGA